CAGGAGCCCCCAGUGGCAGGAGGUUGUCACUGUAGUUACAAGAUCAUAACAGAGUGACCAUGUGGGCGAUGUUCAAUAAUUAAAACUCCCAAUGUCUGUAGUUGUUUCGAUAUGUGCACACUUAAUUUCCCUUCUGUUCUCCUGACCCCCCAGAAUGGCUUAUUCUGAGGAGCAAGCAGGCGUCCCCUGUGGUUUCAUCCGCCAGAAUUCCAGCAACUCUGUUUCCUUGGACUUUGAGCCCAACUCCGAAUACCAGUUUGUGGAGCUGUUAGAAGAGCGAUACAAAUGUGCCUUCUGCCACUCAGUGCUUCACAACCCCCACCAGACAGGUUGUGGACACCGCUUCUGCCAGCACUGCAUCCUGUCCCUGAGAGAAUUAAAUGCAGUUCCACUCUGCCCUGUAGAUAAAGAGGUUAUCAAACCUCACGAGGUGUUUAAAGACAAUUGCUGCAAAAGGGAAGUCCUCAAUUUAUAUGUAUAUUGCAAAAAUGCUCCUGAGUGUAAUGCCAAGAUUAUUCUGGGACGAUUCCAGGACCACCUGCAGCAGUGCCUAUUUCAAACUGUGCAGUGUUCCAAUGAGAGCUGCCGUCAACCUGUCCUUCGGAAAGAUCUGAAAGAGCACUUGAGCGCAGACUGCCAGUUUCGAGAGGAAAAAUGCCUUUAUUGCAAAAAGGAUGUGGUAGUAAUCGAUCUACAGAAUCAUGAGCAAAACUUGUGUCCCGAGUACCCCGUCUCUUGUCCCAACAAGUGCCUGCAGAUUAUUCCCAGAACUGAGGUGAACGAACACCUUGCCAUGUGUCCUGAAACGGAACAAGACUGUCCUUUCAAGCACUAUGGCUGUCCUGUGAAGGGUAAACGGGGGAGCCUACAGCAGCAUGAGCACUCAGCCUUGCGGGACCACAUGCUUCUCGUCUUAGAAAAGAACUUCCAAUUAGAAGAGCAGAUUUCCGACUUAUAUAAGAGCCUAGAACGGAAAGAAAGUAAAAUCCAGGAGCUAGCGGAAACUGUAAAGAAAUUCGAAAAGGAGUUUAAGCAGGUCGCGCAGCUAUUCGGCAAAAAUGGAAGCUUCCUUUCAAACAUCCAGGUUCUUGCCAGUCACAUUGACAAGUCGGCUUGGCUAGAAGCUCAAGUGCGUCAGUUAUUACAAGUGGCAAACCAGCAGCAAAAUAAAUUUGACCUGAGGCCUUUGGUGGAAGCAAUUGAUACAGUGAAACAGAAAAUUGCCCUGCUAGAAAGCAGCGAUCAGAGAUUAGUUGUUUUGGAAGGCGAGACGAGCAAGCACGAUGCCCACAUCAACAUUCACAAAGCGCAGCUGAAUAAAAACGAAGAGCGGUUUAAGCUGCUGGAAGGUGCCUGCUACAAUGGGAAGCUCAUCUGGAAGGUGACCGACUACAGGGCGAAGAAAAAGGAGGCGCAGGACGGGCACACGGUGUCGGUCUUCAGCCAGCCCUUCUACACCAGCCGCUGCGGCUACCGGCUGUGCGCCAGGGCCUACCUGAACGGGGACGGGGCCGGCAAGGGGACGCACCUGUCGCUGUACUUCGUGGUGAUGCGGGGGGAGUUCGACUCCCUGUUGCAGUGGCCGUUCAGGCAGAGGGUCACCCUGAUGCUUUUGGACCAGAGCGGCAAGAAGAACCACAUCACGGAGACCUUCAAGGCCGAUCCCAACAGCAGCAGCUUUAAAAGGCCCGACGGGGAGAUGAACAUUGCCUCCGGCUGUCCGCGCUUCGUGGCUCACUCCACCUUGGAGAACGCCAAGAACACCUACAUUAAGGACGACACCAUGUUCUUGAAAGUGGCCGUGGAUCUGACUGACCUGGAGGAUCUCUAGUCGCUAUUUCUGGGGUGGAAAAGGGACUUCUUUGGUCCAGAAGCGUGGAGGAAGCCUUUGGUGAGCACGGGGACUGAAUUUCAACUCAGUACACAUUUGUACUUGGCUUUUUGCCCUUAGUGUUUGAAGUCAGUUUAAAACUUCCUAAGUGCUGUCUUCUUUUUACAUUUCACCCUGUCCCAGUUUGAAGCUUAAAGUGCUUAGGAUAUCCUCUUGUUAUUUAUAUUUUUCUAUCUCUUGAAAGAUGGUGAGUUUCUUAAAAGCACGUUCUGGGGCAAGUUCUUUUACUGGUGCUUAGAUGGGGUCUCAGGGUAGGCACUCUGUGUUCAGUGUUAUUGAGGACACUGAUGUGGAAUUCCCAAUUGAAAACGCAUUGGUAUUUUUGUUCCACUGGUUCUAGUCUUGACUAUACACCUGCAGAAGCCAUUUUUGGGGGUAGGUUGUUCCAGAUCAGCAGAGGGGUGGUGCACUUACAAGGACAGUAUGUCCAAUUGGAACAGAUUUUUUUUUUUGGUCAGAUACUAAAUUACUAUAUCUCUAAAUAUUUUCAUGAAAUUCACCAGUAGUCAGCAGACACAAUUUUGCAAGGCUGCAUGAGAACUGGUGACGAGAGUAUCUUCAUUCUUCCUGCUAAAGUACAGAAGGAACUACAACAUAGCAUGUAUGUAAGGAAAUAUAAACAUCCAACCAAAGUCCAGAUGUUAUUAGGUUCAGCCAUAUGAAAAACUGUUUUCAUAGAUCAAAAACAGUCAAAUAUUAAGAGUUCGAUAGGGUUUAGCUUAAUGUAUAUAUGUGUAUGUACGCAAAUAAUUUAAAGAUAUUUUGGUAAUAAUAGGACAUUAAUGUUAGGAUGGGCAGAAUUUAGUAUAUGAUGGAGAAAGUGUCAUAAAUGGAUAAGAGGAAUUUAAAACCUAGGGAAGACACCAUUACAAUUUCCUAUGAGUGUCAGAAGCACUCCCAUCCAAAACUGAUUGCUAAAAACAGUAUCUCCUGUUCUUUUUGAGAAAAUUUUGAAUCCAUAAAUUGGUAUGAAAGUGGGCAUUUAUAUAAACUUGUGACUUUUCUUGUCAAAGUCCUGAGUACUCUGAAAAAAUUAUUAUCUUC